AUGAAACUCCUCACGCUCAUCUCCCCAGCCUUCCUGGCUGCAUCCGUCUCUGCAUCUGCAUCCGAGUCCGCAUCCGAGGAUCCCACACCCGUCGGCCAACUUUGGACCGCAUCAUGGACGUCGGACGAUCUGGCACCAUAUGAGCAGUCUUGCCACACAAAAUCAACUUACAAGGCGUCGAUUUAUAAACUAGGAGAGAUGUAUCCUGCACUGGAAGACUACACUGCGAAUUUGAAAAUGUUUUAUAGUCAACAGCUCUACCCCGGCUCCUGGGCUGGUUACGAUGCGCACGGAAACGACCGCGAACUCCUUAAAAUGCCACUCGCGUCUCUCCCCACGAAAAUGCACCGCUGGCUGCAGACUUCAAGCACGCAACGCCACUUCAGCGUGCAUGAUGAUGUAGUUUUCUUUGCACCGGGAGCCAUUUACCCGCUUCUGCCGCUGUGGGUCAAUGGGAAAGGGGAGUGCGAGGGCGCGUUUGCAGGACUGGAGGAAUAUGCGAAUGAACCGCGGGAUGGGGCGGUAAUUGGGAAGGUGGACUACAAGAAGACAGGAGAGCGCGAGGUCGAGUUUAGUGUUGAGGGAUUGAAGGUGCAAGAGAAAGAGGGCGGGAGACAGGAGUUGUAA